CGCGCGCGCUGAGCGCCCGUGUAUGCACCCUGCUCGAUUGAUUACAAACGAGCUCAUACCGUAUGCCAGCUCCGCUGUCGAUCUCAGCAAUGCACUGAAAAGCCUGGCUCGUGGGGAUAGCCACAAUGAGAAGCUGUACGAGAAUAUCCUCAAGCCAUGCCUACUUCACAGAACGUCUAUACGCGCCAACAGCCACACGACAGCCGGUCAUCACCCGAAGCCAUGCACCGUCGAAGUUCAGUUCCACGAACACGGGCGUUUCCACGUACCCGACUUCUUCAGCGCUAUAGGUCGACUGCUCUCGUCGGCAUCCCUUUCGUCUCGGCGGUUGAAUACGGCUCAGCGAAUAGAGCUCCUCGCGGCGCAUGCGAAGUUGUGCAAACUGUCCGCCCCGCUCGUGCAAGCGCGUGCGCCUACGACCGUGCAGAUCCUCUGGACCGAAAACAACAGACUCGACACACGGAUCGCGCUGGGAUCGAGUCUGGCGUGGGUGAAAGACCGCGAGCUGUUCCAGAUGGCGCGCGCCGUGCGGCGGCAGACGCUGGCCGACCUGUGGAGCAGCGCGCUCGCCACGCCUACACCGAUGCAGCGCGUGUUUCCUGCCUCGAAUAAUGGCGCGUUUGGGUCUUGCUGGGGCGAUUGCGCAGAGGCGAAUACAUUGGCCGCACUUUGGCGCUCAGUGCAGUCUGGGACACCGUUGGGCACACUCGCGUUCAAUGUCGCUUCUCUCAACGCCGUGCACGAACGUUCUGGCCAGAGCGCUUGCGAUGUGAUUCUGUCGUGUUCCAACCCUAACCCAGACCACCUAUUCUCCGUCUUGAAGCACGCCAACGCGCUGCGGCCAAUGUGUAGGAAUUGCCUCCAUUUGAAGGAUGCUCUGUCAGCCAGAAUCGUCGAUUUCGCCAUCGUGGAAUCUCAUGUGACAGCUCAAAAUUCGAUCCACCGGGAGGAUCGUCAUAUCCAGGCCAGCAGGGAGGUGGCUUUAGCGUAGCAGGAAGGUGCAGGAGUCGUGGAAGACGUUCACCGCGUUAGUCUCCGUGACUGAUUCCGUCGACUCACUGGGCUUGCAAAUUCUUUCACAGUUUCAGAAGCAUCAUGCCACGCUUCAAAGAAACUGGGAUUCGGCCGACGUCGAUUUAACCGAAUAAAGGGAUACCCCCAUAUCACUAAGCGCCCUGUCAGGUACCCUGGUCUGCCUCCUGGAUCGAUCAUCCAACAUAGGGUUACAUUAUAUUGCGUGUCGCAGUGACCUCACACCUCACCUCGCCUUGCACUCGCGUUCCCGUUAGACACGCUUGUCAUCCCAUAGCCUCUACCUCCAAUCACCAUCCGCAUAGAGCUCUUCACAGUUUCAGAAACCUGCGAUGAGUUCCUGGCUCAACUACUUCCCCGAACUCUCCGGUCGAUCUACGUACUCAUGCUCAAUCAAGUGCGGAAUCGCGUAGACUUCCUGCACAAAGGUAAAUUUAGUGUGUGGCUGCCUCCACUGUACCUCGUGCUCGACAAGUCCCGCUUCAAAAACCCUCGCAAUGGUGCCGCUGCAUCCCCUCCCUCUCCAACCAUGUCCUUCCAAACUCUGUCGCCGCCCUCAUAUCCUCUGCUACCUGAGCCGUCCGACCUGCUGCGUCCGCCGAGAGCGUGCGGCUGCCAGUGCCUCGCACGCUGUCGCUGUGCCUGCUCUUGCUACGCGCACUGCCUGUGUCAGGCCACGUGCACAGGCGGCUGCGCCCUUGCAAGGAACCUGGUGGUGUUUCUGGACGAAGCGGGGAGGCAGGUGUGCGGCCGUUUCCAUCCGACUACUCACCCCGGUGGUUCUGACGGCGGCGCGCUUCGUGGCAGGUUGCCAGCGCAUUUCAGUCAUUCUAUAAGCGUGUCUCGACG